CCUCCAGCUUCGUGCGUCCGUGGCGCGCGCGGCUACUCGUGUGUCUUGGUUCUAGGCGCUCUGCAGCCCUGGGCGCCCGCUGCCGGCAUGGACGCAAGCCGCGUGCCGCAAAAGAACCUCAGAGUAAAGAACUUCAAGAAAUUCAGCUAUGUGAAGUUGAUUUCCAUGGAAACCGCGUCAUCCUCUGAUGACAGUUGUGACAGCUUUGCUUCUGAUAAUUUUGCAAACACGAAACCUAAAUUCAGGUCAGAUAUCAGUGAAGAACUGGCAAAUGUUUUUUAUGAGGACUCUGAUAAUGAAUCUUUCUGCGGCUUUUCAGAAAGUGAGGUGCAAGAUGUAUUAGACCAUUGUGGAUUUUUACAGAAACCCAAACCAAGGCCAAAUGUCAGUAAAGAACUGGCCAGUAUUUUUCAUGCCGACUCUGACGAUGAAUCAUUUUGUGGUUUCUCAGAGAGUGAGAUACAAGAUGGAAUGAGACUGCAGGCAGACCCGGAAGGCUGCAGGACCCGCAGUCAGUGCAGACGUUCUGGACCCCUGCGAGUUGCAAUGACGUUUCCAACUCGAAAUACCAGGACAGCAGCCAAGAAAAAGGCUGUUCCUCCCCAGUCCUCAGAGAAUUCUGUGACUGAUGCCAGUUCUGAUUCAGAAGAUGAAAAAGGCAUGAAUUUUCUGGAGAAAAGGGCUUUAAAUAUAAAGCAAAACAAAGCAAUGCUUGCAAAACUAAUGUCAGAAUUAGAAAGCUUCCCUGGCUCAUUCCCUGGAAGACGUUCCCUACCAGUCCCCAGAUCACAGUCAAAGACACCCCGAAGACGCACAUUCCCAGGUGUGGCUUCCAGGAGAAACCCUGAACGGAGAGCUCGUCCUCUUACCAGGUCGAGGUCACGGAUUCUGGGGUUCCCUGGUGCUCUGCCCACAGAGGAGGAGGAGGAGGAGGAAGAGGAGGAGGACAAGUACUUGUUGGUGAGAAAGAGGAAGGUUAUGGAUGACUACAUGAACGAAGAUGACUUGCCCAGAAAUCGUCGCCCAGGGCCCAUGACCCUUCCACAUGUAAUCCGCCCAGUGGACGAAAUUACAGAGGAAGAGUUGGAGAACAUCUGCAGCAACUCCCGAGAGAAGAUAUAUAACCGCUCGUUGGGAUCUACUUGUCAUCAGUGUCGCCAGAAAACUAUUGAUACCAAAACAAAUUGCAGAAACCCAGAGUGUUGGGGCGUUCGAGGCCAGUUCUGUGGCCCCUGCCUUCGAAACCGUUAUGGUGAAGAAGUCAAGGACGCCCUACUGGAUCCUAACUGGCACUGUCCGCCUUGUCGUGGAAUUUGUAACUGCAGCUUCUGUAGGCAGCGUGACGGACGGUGUGCAACUGGGGUCCUGGUGUAUUUGGCCAAAUACCACGGCUUUGGGAAUGUGCAUGCUUACUUGAAAAGUCUGAAACAGGAGUUUGAAAUGCGAGCAUAAUAUCUGAAAGAUUCACUACUUGCCUUGUACUUCUCAGUCUCCUUGGUAAACUUAUCAAUUUUGUCAGCCGAUUGAAACCCCAGUAAAGAAUUUUGGUGUUCAUUCUAUGACAGGAAACUCAAAUCAAGUUAAUCUCAGAUAUACAUGUGUUUUGGAGCCAUCACAGGUAUACAUUGCUGGCCAUACUUUGCUCUUCUACAGUUUCUUCUGUGCCCCCGCACCCCUGGCCUCAUUCCUUUUUUUUUCCAAUGGUCCUCUCCCACCACUUAUUUUCUGAACUCUUUUAAAAUGGCAGUUAUGUGAAAGUAUGUUUAAUUGGGGAGCCCUGGUGCCACAGUGGUUAAGUACUCGGCUGCUAACCAAAAGGUUGGCGGUUUGAACCCACCAGCUGCUCUGCGGGAGAAAGAUGUGUCUGUCUGCUUCCGUAAAGAUUUAAUUGGUGUUGAAAUAACCCUGCAAUCCACCCAUAAAACCAAGCACUUAGAACAAAGUAGUAGUGUUAACUAACAAAAUCUAUGAAGUUCAGUAGAAUAGCCUUCUUAGCUGUUUACAUGAAAGCAACGUGUGAUUUUGUGUUCAUGAUCCAAAGGUUUGUGGGCAAUGAUACACUUAAAAUCAUCAUAGGGAACUCAUCCUCGGAAAUUAGUGGUGAAGCUUCAGGAGUAGGCUCAUUUGAAAUUCUUGGUAUAAAACUUCAGUAUAAUUUUAGUUUACCAAGUUUAUUGCAGUUCCUACAUAACGUAUUUCAAUGUAGGUCUUGGACCAUUUUAUAUGCAAACUAAUACUAGUCUACAGUGCUUUGACAUUUUUGCUUUCUUGAGGAACAUAGCAACUGGGCAUAGUGUUCAGAUUCAGGUUUUAAGUGCAUUUACAGCAACGAGAAGUGCCUUUUGGAGAUGGGUGACUUUCACUGGUUUGUUAGCUUGACAACUGUCAGUUUAGUUUGUGGGCAGUAUUUUUUUUUUGUUUGUUUGCAUUAAUCAAAUCAUUUGAUACAGGUGGAAUCUAAGUGCUUGUGUGUCCCCUUUACUUUGUUGUUGUGUCUGUUGAGUGUUUGAUGCAUAAUUGGACUUUGAAUCAAUAACUGUAAAUAGAGCUUUCGAUCUGUAAUGCUUUUUUUAUACAAAGGUUUUUAUUUUAAUAAUAAAAUGUUUUGUUCUA